CUACAGUCGGAUAAAAGUGUAUGUGGCGGUGUACCGGCGGAGUGGUGGGCGGUGAAAGCGGUUGAUUGAUGAUUAGAUUUACGGUGUGGAUCACGGCGGGGAGAGAGGAUGACUCACCCCGUCUGAUGUGAUGUUCACCCCGCAACAGCUCGGCAGUGCGGUGGCACGCAGGUAGUUCAGCCUGACACGUCGCUGUGCUCCACCAAUAAAACUUUAUCAAACUGUUAAGAUGCGUUUGGAUAGCCCUGAUAUUCCUGGUCUGUUUCAAACUUGAGAGGUUGUCACUUGCUGGUUAAAGAGAGAGACCGGAGCGUCGUGAUUUACCGUAAAUUUCGUGACGCCUGAUUGCCAUGGAAACAGUGCUCCUGCGCUGAGAGGAAACUGUCCGUGUUAACUUCAGCAUCAACCUCUCCAACGGAUAAACCUGUUGGAUAUCUCAGUGGGGAUUUUUGCUUGUCUUGUUUUUGCUACUCUGGCUUUACUUUCCAUUUUAAUUUGGCAACAAACCAGACCUCUGUUUCACAGGUGAGGAUGAUGGAGCUUCAGACGGAGAAGAGGUUCCACAACUUGAGCCUUGAGCAAAUCCAAGCCCUGGACAAGGUCUUGACUGAGGUCAUCCCCAUCCACGGACGAGGAAAUUUUCCCACUCUGCAGGUGAGAGCGAAAGACAUCAUUCGUGUGGUGAAGGAUCGGCUGGUCGAAAGAGACAUCCAGGUGAAAGAUAUACGGCUUAAUGGCGCGACUGCCAGCCACGUCCUGGUGAGGGAUAACGGCCUGGGCUAUAGAGACUUAGACAUCAUUUUUGGAGUGGAGCUGCCCAGACAGGAAGACCUCCAGGUGAUAAAGGAGGUGGUGCUGGGCAGCCUACGAGACCUCCUCCCUUGUGGAGUGAACAGACGCAAGAUCACCUGCCUGACGAUGAAGGAGGCGUACGUGCAAAAGAUGGUGAAAGUUUUCAACGAGCAUGACAGAUGGAGCCUCAUCUCGCUUUCUAACAAUAGAGCUAAAACAGUGGGGCUCAGAUUUGUCAGCUCCCUUCGAAGACAGUUUGAGUUCAGCGUGGACUCCUUCCAGAUUAUAUUGGACCGUAUGCUGGAGUCUUAUUGGGAGACUGAAAGGAAACAAGGAGGAAAGUUGGCGUUGAAUGCUGGGAGUUUGUCAAAAAGAGACAAUGAGGAUGAAAAGAAAGAGCAAGAAAAUUCAAGCAUCCCUCGGGAUGUUAAAGCGGAUGUCAAAAAAGACUCCAGUGGAGAGAGUCCAUGCCAGGAUGAAGCAGUUUCUUUGCUUGAGAAAGAACUUCCAUGUGCAGAGGCUGAGCAUGUGGAUGGAAAGCAUGAGGCACAGGAGGUGUUAGGACCUGAGAGCAUUAUCUUACAGCCGGAGGAAGUGGAUGACAUAGAGGACGUUCAUUCAGAGGAGGACAUUGUGUUUGAGCUAUGUGAAGAAAAUGGAGGAGAGAAAGGACAGUUUCACAGCGUUUAUCCUUUAGUUUCAUCCCCUAAAACUUUAUUAACAGAUGUCAGGGAUCCGCUGAUGACACAUGCAUGUUUAAAGCCACAGAGUGAUGAAGAGCUUUCUGCGUCACAAGCUUCCCAAUCAGCAGAAAAGUCAGCUCCGCAGGGAAAAGUCCAUUGUGCAGAAAUUACUCAGUUCAAAGUCGACUCUGCAAGCUGCAGGACUGAAAAUACCUCAAACCUACAGGAUCCACAUCUUGAAUUUUCCUUUCCUCCUCCAGCUAAGAAAACUUGCAGUGCAUCACAAGACAUUGUACCAGACUAUUGCCCCUCACCAAAAUUACAAAGGAAAAUGUCGAGGAAGAUGAUCAGUAAGCCAGAGAAAUGGUCUUUACUGACUGAUUUGUCAGAUCUUACCACACAGCUGUUUCCACCCAUAGAAAUACCCAAACCACUUCAGCCAAAGCCUCCUUUGCUGGAUGGAGCUCAAGUUCAUGGCUCAAAUGUUCCAGCCACCAAGCCAGAGACCUUAGACACCCUUACAGCUCCCACAUGCAGUCCAGCCAGUACACGUCAGGAUGGCUCCCAUGAACCUGCGGAACAAACUGUGAAGCCAAAACACUCAAAAAAGCCUCCUGAUUCAGAGACUCAAAGCUACCCUCAUGCUGCAAAUGCACAGCCUCAGAUCAAUGAGCAAACACCUGAGCUGGCGGACACUGUCCCAGACAGGUGCGGGGCAAGCUCAUGGGGUGGGGCAGUAGGGGGGCCCGCCAUCACAGUCGAAGCAGAGUGCAUGUAUGGAGACUUUGACCAGGCGAUGGACCACCUCCGCCACCGCCUCAUCGCCACCCACAACCCAGAGGAGAUCCGAGGAGGGGGCCUGCUAAAAUACAGCGACCUGCUCGUGAGGAACUUCAGACCAGCCAGCGAGACAGAGAUCAAGUCCUUGGAGCGAUACAUGUGCUCCCGCUUCUUCAUCGACUUCCCUGACGUGAGUGAGCAGCAACGGAAGAUUGAGGCCUACUUGCAAUGCCAUUUCAUUGGCAAUGAGGAGACCAGCAAGUACGACUACCUGAUGACCCUGCGGCGUGUGAUAGAUGAGAGCACGGUGUGUUUGAUGGGACACGAGAGGAGACAGACACUGAAUAUGAUCACAGUCCUGGCUCUCAGGGUGCUAGGUGAGCAGAACGCGAUCCCCAACACGGCCAAUGUCACAUGUUUCUAUCAGCCAGCUCCGUACAUGACAGAGCCAAUUUACAGCAGCUACUUCAUUACCCAGGCCCAGCCCCCACUCGUCUACCACCCCUACCCGUUACACGUCCACAUGCAGACUGGUCUGGUGUAG